AUGGGUACCGCCGCAUCAAAACGUCGCGCUGGGCGUGAUCGCGAUUACCUACUGCAAACUCUAGACGAGCACGAGAGUGGCAUCAAUUGCAUGACUAUAAGCGCCGAUGGAAGUGUCCUGGCGACCGGCGCCGAUGAUCAUAAUAUACGCUUGUGGAGUGCUAAAACAUCGCCAGUUGAAUGUUUAAGUAUUCUCGCUGGCCAUGCUGACUAUAUAACAUACAUUUUAAUCGAGGAAAACUUUCUGGUCAGUGCUAGCGCAGAUCGCACGAUGCGUAAAUGGGAUAUGACAAAUGGGCAAUGCGUAUUCAUUUACACCGGACAUACAUCGCUGGUGAAUCGAUUAGUUUGUACAGGCGACUUUCUAUUUUCAACGUCCUACGAUCGAACAGCUCGUUGUUGGGAUUUCGAUACUGGAGCUUGCGUACGUGUUUUUCGCGGCCAUAAACACGGUAUUUUGCCAAUAUUAUUCAUUCCAUCGGAUCCCGAAGAGGGAGAAGAAUUCGAAGAAGAUACCGAAAUCUACAAGAAAGAUAUCAUCAUCACUGGUUCACAAGAUAACACAGCAAAAACAUGGUCGUUUGAAACUGGUGAAUGUUUGAAAACAUUUCGUGGCCAUACGGGAGCAAUACUUUGUUUAACAACAGAUCCACUCGGCAAGAUUUUAUUUACGGGCUCCGGUGAUAAUACCAUUCGAGCAUGGGACAUUUAUCGCGGUGCAGAACUACAUGUUUUCGAUCAACAUCAAGCAGCAAUUAUUAAUCUUCUGUGUUUUAACAAAUUACUCUUUUCAAUUAGCGCUGAUCACACGGCACGUUGUUGGGUUACUGAUGUUGGCGAUUGUACGAGAAUUUAUAAAGGACACAAACAUACUGUUUCAUGCAUUCAAAUUGAUAAUGGUCUUGUUUUUACCGGUUGUGGAGAUACAAUCGUUCGCUGUUUCGAUGCCCGGUCGGGUGCUAUAAAACGUAUGUUCAAAUCACACGCACUUGCUGUAAAUUGUCUUCAAAUUGUCGAUGAACGAUUAUUCAGUGGAUCGGUAGAUGGUACAUUGAAAGUAUGGGAUAUCAGUGAUCUUAAAGGGGAUGUCUUUCCCGACUUGAAAUCCAACGGAAGUGCAUCGAAAGUGACGCAUGAUGGACGAGGUAGUACGGAGAAUCGAUCCGAUGCUGAUUCGGGUAUUGAUGAUCGUGAAUACCGCGAUCGACGUGCACAGAAUAUGGUGUGA